UCUAAAACACAUGCGAGGGCAAUGUGAUUAUAUUGAAAUUUAAAUUGCUAGCCAUCAGAAAAUCGCAGAAAAUAAGAUGCGGAAAUAAUUGAGUUGAAGAAGGAAAAGCUACGUUAUAAGAAGGCUGGAACUCAGCAGACACCACAAGCAGCAGGAUAUAGCAGCAACGCCCAGCACGGCCACUACCCAGGCAGGCCACGUGCAAAUUUGAUUCUUUUCUACCGUAAAUAAGAAUUAAUUUAGAUACAAACAGGAUAAUGUCGCACCAGGAUGCUCAAAAACUUCGCCAGCAGUUUCUAGAGAAUGAGCCGUUUAACGAACUGGACUCAAGUGUGGCAGCUCGUAAAUGCUGCGGUGAUGCGCUUCAGAACUUUGAUGCCCAAUCCCAUGAGGCAUGGUUACUACACUGUCCCAAGGGAACAGAUUUCCAGCAGCUGACCGGCAAGCGCAUCAAGAUGCCCGGAAAAAAGUAUGUGGGUGAUCUCCAGGUGCGGGCCAAAAAUUACUCGGUUCCGCGUAGUGAGGCUGUUGGCUAUGUCACCUCCAAGGGGAGGUACGACCUUAGGAAACUGCACCUUACUGGUUACGUAGUGGUCAGCAAACGCCUGAAUGCCAAGCAACCCCCGACAGGUGCGGAGGAGCAGGUAUUUCCCACCGUUAAAACGCAGCAAAGGUACAGAUUUCGCAUCCGUCAUCCUUUGUUCGGACACGAUUUCAAGGAAGUCAUUCAAGUGCCCAAUGAGAUUAAAAAAUCUAUCACGAAGGCGUACAAGCAAACUGUUAAUGCGAAUGCCAAGCUGUGGCGUACAGCUAACUACUACGAUACUCGCAGCAAAAUGCUGGCCACCACCAAAACACUAAGUCAAAAGGAAUACGAUGACCGACAGACUGCGUUUACUGGAAACCAACCUAUGUAUAAUUACGGAUCAUUGAGCUUUCACCGUAACAACUUUAGCCAACCGGAAUCUGUGGAGUUAGUAGACUCUGCCGACGAAGCUGUUCCUGUCAAGAAGGGCAAGAAUAAAAAAAACCAAACGUCCGUUCUAGAAACCGGAUAUGAACUGGUUGAGAUCAAGGAAGAAAUUCUGGACGAGAAUGACUCCCCCAAGAAGCAAAAGAAGAACAAAUCGACUGCAGCAACAAAUAAGCCCGCCGAUUUGGUUGUGAUAAAGAAACAAAAAAAUCGUAAAUCAAUUGGGGGAAUCCAUGAAAAUGGAACAGAAAAUAUUCUCGACGAUAUCGUGGAGAUCAAAAAGGAAAAAGUCGACCCAAUAACAGAAACUGAUGUGCCCACAAAGCGAAAGAAGCGAAAAUCUAAUGGAGAAGUCCUUGUAAAUGAAACCGGCAACACCCUUGACGAUGUUGUGGAAAUUAAAACGGAAAUAGAAGAGGUGGAGAUCGCGGAUUCACCGCCGCGAAAGCGCAAGAAGCUAAAAACCAACGCAUAGACCGGCGAACAAUUUCUCCGCAUAAGUUAAUUCCUAGAUAGGUUACUUUCGUUUUCAAAUAAAAAUAAAAAUCUGUUAAUAAUCAUGAA